AACAACGGUGAUUGCUGUGAUGAUAUUGGUGAAGGAGAGCAACGUCGGAUAUGGCAUUUUCAAUUUCUGGGUUGGCCCGAUCACGGCUGUCCAUCAGAUCCAUGGACGGUGUUGAAUUUUUUGGCCAAAGUCAACGAAUGUGAGACGCAAAAUUGCGGUGAUAUUUUAGCGGGUCCUAUUAUUGUACAUUGCAGCGCAGGAAUUGGUCGUACGGGCACAUUCAUCGUAAUUGAUAUUCUUAUCAAUCAAAUCAAAAGGAUAGGGACGCACUGUCAGUUGGAUAUCCCAAAAACAGUGCAAAUGGUACGUGAGCAACGAUCGGGAAUGGUUCAAACCGAGCAACAGUAUCGUUUCCUUUAUCAAGCAAUCUCAUGUUAUGUCACUUCACUGAACCACCAGCAAGAUAUCGAGGUAUUAUCGGAAAUCCGUCGCGAACGAUGUGGUUCACGUUUUUCAAUUCGAACACCAGUCACUCCAACUCCGCUAACACCGUGCUCCGUUCUGUCUAGUCCUACUUCAUCAAUCAACGCCAAUUUCCCAUCACCAUCGACAGAUUCCUCGGAACAUUUGUAUUUGAACACGAACGCAAUUGAAUGUCCACCAGGAGCAACACUGAAGUUGGCACCUCCACCGCCGUCAAAGAAACGAAACGCUCUUCAAAAUAAUGGUCUCAGUUUUGAGUCACCGAAUAAUCCAUCUCCUCACAAUGAUGUUGCUCCAUCUGUUUGA